CAUAGAUGACCUUGCUUUUACGUUGCUUUCGUCCCUUAAUUAUUCAUAGUAUUAAUCGGGUUAAUAACAGAUAUUACGGACGUCAUCGUCGACUAUGUAUCCAUCAGCACCUGAGAGCCAUUAGCGGUUUGUAUCACAACAAUUCCAAAGAAGAGCAUCGACCCUGUGCUUUUUUUUGUGUGUGUUUUGUUUGUCCAAAUCGUUUCUAAUUUGGUAUGACUGACUCUGAUAAAAGGAUCAGGCUGUCUACCCGUUUCCGACAAAGGCCACCAACUUUUUGGAGAUAACGUAUCUACAUCCGCAACAGUUAUCCACGAGAAAAUGGGACAACUAAUUUCAAUGAAAUUUGUCUUUUCGGUUAUGUUUUUCGUCUUUCUCGGAACGUGCAUUCUGACUGGACAAACUGGCGUCAACGGAGUACUGAUUGGACCACGUCGUUGCGGAAUAAUUUGCACGCGGGAGUACCGCCCAGUGUGCGGGACAGACGGCCGUACGUACCCAAACCUAUGUGUCUUGCGAGCUAAAAAUCUGUGCUACGGUACUAGGAUACGGAAAGCUUACAAAGAUUCCAACAGCAGCAUUGAUGUGGAAAUUUAAUGCGAAAUAGCUGGUUCUAUCCUGAAUGGAAUAGCUCUCAGGACCAGUGGAAAUGUCUUGCAUGUCGUCGACACGGAACAGCCCAAUUGCUACGGCUUUAGGGAAAUAGGGACCUAAACAAAUAUUAAAUUAUUUAUUUAUUUAUUUUUUUUCAAUUCAAGGUUAAUGUGAUUCACGUGUGCAGUCCAAAGCGUAAAAUAGCUGAACUUC